CAGGCGUAGCUUCAGUCACACAUGUGCCAGUGCCACAGUCGCAAAGGUUCCCGCUUCUUUGAGGUUGGGUGGAUUCCAUUGAGAUUGGAAGUGUGGGCUUGCAUUCGACAAAGCACAUGCAUUGCUGUUGACCUUGCGAGAAGCCGUCCCAACCUCUAACAAGGAUCGCCCGCCUCGUCGACCGACUUUGCCCAGUCGCACUCGGCAAAGGAUGGCAACCUCUCGAACUCUCCAGACUUAAAGGUCCAAACCGCAACGCGGCGAUUUCCCAACAGCACCGCAUCGCGAUAUUGCCAUCUACCUUCCGCACCCGCGCCAACGGGCAACGGGUGACGUCCAAUGGAGAACCAUGACGAUGAUACCAAUAAAGUGACGGCGUUUUGGCCGGAUCCUCCGCCAUUCUGGCGCGACUUCACCCCGCAGAACCUCGCCCGUUACAGCAGGUUGAAGGAGGAUUACUCGCAACAACAGGGCCUUGAUGCCGACUCUAUCACCCGCAUCCCAGAUGUUCCAGAACCGCUCAUCAACCUCCAACCGCCGCCAGAGCCGACCGACGGAAAAUGGACGGCAUUCAGCGAACCUGAAACGCUCACCCAAACGCUCUUAAGCCUGGAGGAAGCCGGUAUCCAGCGCCUAGCCCCCGCUACCGAAACGGAGCUUGACCGCGGGUUGGUUCUCAAGAAAUUGACCCGGUCUCUGAUGCUCAACUACCUCGAACUUGUCGGCCUGAUGAGCCACAACCCCGACCAUGCCGCGGACAAGGUUGAAGACCUCAAGACGCUGAUGUUCAACUUCCAUCACACGCUCAACGAGUACCGCCCGCACCACGCGCGGGAACAGUUGAUUCAUCUAAUGCAGGACCAGCUCGAAGCGAAGCGCCGCGAGAUGGCGGGGAUACGAAGCGUGGUGGACAAGGCGAAGCGUAUGAUAGAGGGCUUGGCCAGCAUCCAGGUUCCACAGGUUGAUCAUGCUGCUGAUGUGAAGGGCGUAAAGCCCGGGACCAAGGAUGAACUGAAACCCGAGCUACGGAGAGACGCGGCCGCGUGGGAAGCGAUAGGCGCAGAAUUCUUCUGAAACGAUAGAAAAUACCGCAUCUGAACGAGGUGUUGAUUGAUAUGCAGCUGGACAUUUGGCCACAUGUCUGCAUUUAACAGGGCGCAUAUUACCGGGCGAGAUACCUAGGACAUGGAGACCUGGACGGUCGGUGGUCUGUCUAAGUCGCGGAGCAUAGAACAGGAUCAAUGGAUCAUAAAGAAAUACGUCACCACCGUUGAAGCAGAUUCGCUU